AGGAAUCUUAUCGUACAAACAACAAGAAAUUUCUGUUUUUUUUCAACAACGGCAACGAAUCUUGGACAAGAGAAGAAGAUGGAGAAAUCCAUGGGAGAUUCGCGUAGCAACAGAGCAGCUGUUCAAGCUACAAAUGACGAUGCUUCCGCCAGCAAAUUGUCUUGUGUGAAGAAAAAAUAUAUCAAAGAUGACUAUGUACAUUUGUUUGUAAGGAGGCCUGUGAGAAGAUCUCCAAUUAUAAAUCGUGGUUACUUUGCUCGUUGGUCAACUUUCCGGAAGAUUCUAAAUAAAUUUCUGAAUUGUGAGACAAAAUCAAAUGGAGAUCAUGUGAAGAAGCAGAUUUUAUCAUUGGGAGCUGGUUUUGAUACAACAUACUUUCAGUUGCAGGAUGAAGGAAAGGCGCCACAUUUAUACGUUGAACUAGAUUUCAAGGAGGUAACGUGUAAAAAAGCAACAAUCAUUGAAACUUCUGCUCAAUUAAGGGAAAAAAUCAGUGAAUCAGCCUCGAUUUGUCGAGAAAAAGGAGAAGUAAUUAGUGAUAAUUACAAACUUCUACCUAUUGAUUUGAGAGAUGUAGAAAGCUUAAAUGAACUCAUAUCAGCUCAUAUGGAUCCGAGCUUGCCAACAUUUAUCAUUGCAGAAUGUGUGUUAAUAUACUUGGAUCCUGAAUCAAGUCGUGCUAUUGUUCAAUGGGCUUCAAAAACUUUUUCUACAUCAAUAUUCUUCUUAUACGAGCAGAUUCUUCCACAUGAUGCUUUUGGACAGCAGAUGAUCAGAAAUUUAGAGAGUCGAGGGUGUGGAUUAUUGGGCAUUUAUGAUACACCAACAUUGCAUGAUAAGGAAAAACUUUUCCUUGAACGUGGUUGGCAGAGAGCUGAUGCUUGGGAUAUGUUGAAGAUCUAUACAAGCUUCAUUGAUCCUCAAGAACGUCAAAGGAUUGAACGAUUGGAAUUGUUUGAUGAGUUUGAAGAAUGGUACAUGAUGCAGGAGCAUUAUUGUGUGACUAUUGCAAUCAAUGAUGCCAUGGGAAUGUUUGAGAAUUUUGGUUUUCCAAAAGAUCAAUCGGUGAUUGCAGCUGUAUCUCCAUGAAAAGCCAUGUGCUUUGUUGAUGUUGUAUUAUGAUCAAGAUUUUGAAAUUAGUGGAAUAGACACAGGGUGGGUCACGUGACUGGCACGUGGUAAACCAAAUACUCGUAUGAAUGUUCCUAAAUGGGAAAGCUUGAUGUGUGUGGUUCGUUGAAUUUUUUGGUUGAAUCUUCCAAGAAAAUAUUUGCUUGUUCCCUA